CACGCGCACUGCUAACCGGAAGCGUCGACAGGGCGAUUGUUGUUUAGGAACAGUCGAAACGCGAUGUUUUAAGCGUGCAUCGCGUUCCUGCGAUCGUUUCGAGCUCGUAAGCAGUUAUAAGCGGUUAUCAGCACGGCCGUGUAACACGGAAAAUUCUCCGAUAAAUCAUGGCUGGAUGUUUUUAAUCGUUUAUUCCCUUCUCUUCUGGCUCUGUCUUUAGCGCGAGCGCAGUGUUUUCCUGGGGGUCGUUAGCUAGCUAAGCUAAGCGAAUGUAAACAACCCAGAGGAUCAGCUGUGCGAUCGGAGACAAGAGGGCGAAUCGGAACAAGUGCACCGAUGACAGCGAGUGAUAUGAUUUAGUACGUCCGUUUCGCGUGGAAACCUCGAGCUGCCAUUGUUAUUGGGUGAAGAUAUAAGAGAUUGUGUGUAAUAUAGCGGACGACACCUCCCUCCCUCCCUCCUUCCCUCCCUCUGCUUCUGCGUUUGCUAGCUGCAGUAGUUAGGGUGACAGUGUUGGGCAACUUCUGCAGGGUUGUAUCUGUGCUUGUGUUUCGGAUGAGAAACCCGUUUGGGAAACACGUCGAGCAAAGUAUGAACUAAAUGCAUGAAGAGAUCCUGAGAGUUUGAGCUUUGCAAGAACGUAUUUUCCUGGGGUGUAGAGUUUAAAGCUGUUGAAUUUCGGAGAAGCACGCCUGUCAUGGCCCAUCAGCAGAUGCCCAGCUCCCAGAAGGCCCUAAUGCUAGAGCUCAAGUCUCUGCAGGAGGAACCGGUCGAAGGCUUUCGCAUAACACUGGUGGCAGAAUCAGACCUAUACAACUGGGAGGUGGCCAUAUUCGGACCCCCGAACACGCUUUAUGAAGGGGGAUACUUCAAGGCCCAUAUAAAGUUCCCUAUCGACUAUCCGUACUCACCACCAACCUUCCGCUUCCUAACCAAGAUGUGGCACCCAAACAUAUACGAGAAUGGUGACGUGUGCAUUUCCAUCUUGCAUCCUCCUGUGGAUGACCCUCAGAGUGGAGAGUUACCUUCAGAGAGGUGGAACCCUACACAGAAUGUCAGAACUAUCCUGCUGAGCGUGAUCUCUCUGCUGAAUGAGCCCAACACGUUUUCCCCAGCAAACGUGGAUGCUUCGGUCAUGUUCCGCAAAUGGAGGGACAGCAAGGGAAAGGACAAGGAGUACGCCGAGAUCAUCCGGAAGCAGGUGCUGUCCACGAAGGCAGACGCGGAGCGGGACGGCGUGAAGGUGCCCACCACGUUGGCCGAAUACUGCAUCCAGACCAAAGUGCCUUCCCACAACAGCAGCUCUGACUUGCUGUACGACGACCUGUACGACGACGACAUCGAAGAAGAGGACGACGACGACGACGAAGCAGAGGCCGGUGGGCCGGCUGGGGACAUGAGCGCAGACUGCUACGGCGACGAGGAGGACUCGGGGAACGAGGAGUCUUGAUGCCGUGACGUCGACCCUUCCCUUUCCUCCCCUUUUCACCGUACUCCACUCUGUGUCUGUUUAAGCUGCUGAUCUUUUACAGUUCGUCUGAAACCUCAUUUCUCCCUCCUGCACACAUGCUGUGUGAGGUCAAACCCUGCACUGGGUUUUUUAGAGCCCUCAUAAUGAGCCCUGGCAGAGCCUUUCAAGCAAGAACUCAGCACUUGAACACCAUUUUCAUCAAAAAAUGGUUUUAAAGGUAGUCCUUUGGGUUUAGUGUUUGUCUGAUCAAGAAAUGACAUGAAAAAUCAGAGCCACACUUUACCGCAAAUGUAGUCGAUCAGUUUGGUGAUUCGGUUUGGAUCUAUUUUACAGCACGUGUAACAAAAGUAAUGGCACACAGAUUUGCAGAUUAGACACACACUCUAAUCUGUAAACAUUAAAAAAAAAACUCCCCAGUGUACAUGAACAUCACCAGAAUUGUUUUUAAUACUUUGGUAUCAUUUUACAUCUUGGGCACCACUUUCUAAAAUGUGAAAGAGGAAAUAAGUAAAAAGAACCAGGAUCUUCUAUACGGAAUUCAGUAAUUAUUGAUUAUGUGCUUUUAUAAAUAGUAACUAAAUAAUAUAUUUGAAGGCAUGAUGGUGCAUCUUAAUGAUUUUUUUCCGAAGCAGCUACAUAAAGAUUUGCAUGUGCGUUUAUUAGAUCAUGGAUUAAACGUUUACUCAGAAGCUAUAAAAGCAAACAUCAUACACCAAACCGUCCCGGCUGAUCGACUACAUUUCAGGUAAACUUUCAUUCUGAUGAUGAUCUUUAAAAUAUGUCGUAUUAAUAACUACAGACCUGUCGCACUUUCCCAGCAUCCAUCUUCCUCAGCCUGCCUCGAUACCUCAGGGCUUUUGGAUACUCGCGCCUCCCGGUUCGGUCAUUUUAAGCGUGUCUCCGCUCCCCUAGUAUUCUCUCCGAAGUCCUUCCCACUUUUUUCCCCCCACUUUACUUUUUUUUUCUGUUCCUGAGCUGUGGUUUAGCAGUAGCAGGUGACGCUAACCCCCUCUGCUUUUUUUUUCCCCCCAUAUAUCUCCCACCCGAGUGCUUGAGUGCCACUCGAAUCACCUGUGUAUGAUGACUGAUCACCCUGCUUUAGGAUAGUUUUCCAGGUAAGUAUUCGAGACGGAUGGAGGGAAAAAUGGUGAGAAAGGGAUUUCGUUGCAUGCGAGUCACACUCACUCACUUUUUUUUGUUUCUUCCCCUGAGCCAUUCAAUUCUAGUGUCAAAGGUGGUAAUGAAGUUGCUUUCAGGUGCUACUGCAGUAUAAACGCAAAUGAAUCGCAGCAUCAGCAUGGACACUGGUAUCUCAGCUAGAGACGGAUCAGAACGUCGCUGACCAGAUGCUUGGCAGGCCGACGUUAAGUGAAUACUUAAUAACAUACAAUUUUUGGCCCUUUUUUAAAAAAAAACAAAACACAUGAUUGUUGCUGGUGAUGAUUUAACUGUGCACAAAUUCAAAGUAUAUGCAUUUAGUUGCACCGUGGAUUGGUUGCACCUAACCAUGGCUAUGCUUUAUUUUCUCUCGCUUUUGAUUUUGUAUCAGAACAGAGCUGACUCUGUUCCAGUAGUUUGACUAUGAACUCGAUUUUACCAGCUGUUCAGGUCUGAGCUCGAAGAUUACAGACUGCCAAGGACACUUGGCUCAUCUUUAUGAGCCCUCUUCAAUCCAGACCUAAACUUUUGCUUCUUUUUUUUUUUCUUUUUUUUUCUUCCACGAGCAUGCAUGUGUGUUUGUUUUAAUGUGUCUUUAUGAAUUUAGGCACAAACCGUGCCCUCAAUGCUAGGCUGGGACGUGAAAAAUAAUGCACACCCUUGAAUCCCAGCAAAUUAGCCAAGGACGCUGACGAUGAUCCUGUUUAUAGGAAAUCUGAAAAGCGGGACAACACUCAGCACUCUGAAAAUUAGUAGCAGGAGCUAACACACAACUUUUCAGCCUCUUUAUUGCUCCUGGCAUGAGACAAUGUUUCCGUGGGAGACGUCAGUGAUGUCAGUGAAUCAUCUAAAUGACUCCUCUUCCCCUGGAAAAAAAAAAACAAAAAAACAAAACUCUGACUCUGAUCAGCCAUGGAUCGUCUAUUAUUAUUUGUGUCAUGGGUGUGUUUUUCGGAAACGUUCACCACUGUUAAGGAUCUCUCGUCACACAACACGGACAUGAACUUGCAAUCCUUUACCACGCCUUAUUAAGGAUGCAAAAUGAUUUCAUCAUGGUUUGCUUUCGAUUCCUUUUGUUUCUCUUAUUGUAGUGUUGUAACAAACCGAACCACAUUAAACAAUUAUUCACUUAAGAAAAAUAAACCAGCAACAAGGA